GGAUAAAGAUAAUUAUCUGACACGUCAUCUCUCCGUCCGAUCAUCUUUUGCGUCACGCACUUCAAGACUGCAUCCUCAAAGAAGGAUCCACUCCCUCCCUUUCUUCUUAAGCCAACUUCACAUUUUCAACCAUCGAAUCGGGUCAAACAUGGAACGGCAAUCACCGGAGAAACUAAUACUCGUGAACCGCCACUCAAACGGCGACGCACUGAUCACGAUCAAUCGUCCGGGUUCUCUAAACUCGCUGACCCGGCCCAUGAUGGUGGAUCUGGCCCAGGCGUUCAAGAAACUGGACCGGGACGAGUCGGUGCGGGUCAUCAUAUUGACCGGGUCGGGCCGGUCGUUCUGUUCUGGCGUGGAUCUCACGGCGGCGGAGGACGUGUUCAAGGGCGACGUGAAGGAUCCGGAGAGCGACCCAGUGGUGCAAAUGGAGCUCUGCCGCAAACCGAUAAUAGGAGCCGUUAGAGGAUUCGCCGUCACCGCUGGGUUCGAGAUUGCGCUCGCCUGUGACAUCUUGGUCGCUGCCAAGGGAUCUAAGUUCAUGGACACUCACGCUAGGUUUGGGAUAUUUCCGUCGUGGGGUUUGUCUCAGAAGCUUUCGCGCAUCAUUGGGGUCAACAAAGCGCGCGAGGUAUCUCUCACGGCCUCACCUUUGACCGCUGAGGUGGCUGAAAAGCUGGGUUUCGUGAACCAUGUGGUUGAAGAUGGUGAAUUGUUGAAGAAAAGCAGGGAAAUUGCUGAUGCUAUUGUCAAAAACAACCAAGACUUGGUGUUGAGGUACAAGGCGGUCAUCAAUGAUGGCAUCAAACUUGAUCUUGGCCAUGCACUUUCCCUUGAAAAGGUUAGUACUCUGUACAAUUUGUCUCUACCAUUAUAUGGCACGGAUUUAGCGAAAAAGAUUGGUUUGCUUUGGUCUAGAGCAACACAACAAUUAUCUGCCUCCGUUAUUACAUGUCGAUUGUUGCCUAAUUCUCUAAGAUAGCUAGAAGAUUUUUACUGUAUAUGGAAUGGUUUCAGUUUCUCAUAAGGUGAGUGGGGUGUAUCCAUUAAUUGUUGUUCCCUGUAGUUGAUGUGAACUUAACAUGGAGUUAGACCUCAGUAUACCAAAAGUUUUUCUAUAACUGCCGUAGAAUUUUUUACUUUAUGUAUAAAUUAAUUUAUUAACCCUUUUUAACUUUUAUAUUAACUAAACUAAUUGUAGUUUAUAUUAAAAAUCAUUUUUUUUCUCUCCUUAAAAUAUUUGUGAGAAAACUUAUAACAGCAAUAAGAUGGUCUGGUUGAAAAGAAAGACUCAUAUCCCACAAACUAGAUGAGUGACCUAUCCAUCUAAUUUUAUUUAUCACAAAUAAAUUGUCCCCCUAAUGAUGGAAAUGUUGUUCCAGAUCCUGAAAACAGCAUUUUAUUGAUCAAAUUUGUCUUUGAAAGUGUAAACUUAUUGAAAUUAGUUUGCAACCCUUAUGGUUAAUUUGUCUGACGAAGUGCUAUUCAGGGGCCUCGGACUCGAGUGCAAUUUCCAUCAACCUGAGAUUAAUGUAUUGUAUCUUUCGUAAACAUUGGAAAAGAAAAGAGAAAAGUUGUGUUACACCGAAAUUGUAUCCGGGGAUUGAUUUGUUUGCUCUCUAUUUGGCACUAUUUCUUUCCUGAU